CGGCUGCCCUCCUUCUCCCCGGAGGAGCCGGCGGGCGGCGCGGGCGGCGCCGAGCCCAAGCCGCUGGACCUCACGUCGCUGUCGAGCGAGGAGGACGAGGGCAGCAAGACGUCGGACCCGCCCAGCCCGGCCUCGCCCGCCGCCCCCGAGGCCGAGAAGUUCCAGUGCGGGCAGUGCCGCAAGCCCUACUCCACCUUCGCCGGCCUGGCCAAGCACCGCCAGCUGCACUGCGAUGCACAGCCCAGGAAGGCCUUCAGCUGCAAGUACUGCGAGAAGGAGUACGUCAGCCUGGGCGCGCUCAAGAUGCACAUCCGAAGCCACACGCUGCCCUGCGUCUGCAAGAUGUGUGGCAAGGCCUUCUCCCGGCCCUGGCUGCUGCAGGGCCACAUCCGCACGCACACGGGUGAAAAGCCUUUUUCCUGUACGCACUGCAAUAGGGCCUUUGCUGACCGCUCUAAUCUCCGUGCCCACCUGCAAACCCAUUCAGAUGUAAAGAAGUAUCAGUGCAAAACCUGCUCCCGGACUUUCUCCAGAAUGUCACUUCUUCACAAGCACGAGGAAACGGGCUGCUCUGGAAUCGCUGAAAGACACUAAACCCCCUUCCUUCCCCCCGGACUCUUUACAUGCAAAUACAUAUAUUUUGUAAUUUAGUUUCUGUAGGAGAUAGUUUCCUUCAUGUUGCCAUGACAGUGUGUAUCAAGCCCUGUAUAUCCAGCUGCUUCAGGCCUUAAAAGACUCCUUUCCCACUGCCCCCCCCCCCCCC